CCAGCCCUCGAGCGCCCCUUUCCCCCAUUCAACCCCAUACAAUGCGCAGCGCAUCCAAUGAGGAAGCCCACAAUUCCUGCUUUCUUCCCGGUUUCCCUCCCCCUUCGGAAGCCAUGUGCCGACCGGCCGUCGGCAACCGUCAUAGCCCCCCGCUCCCCCCUCUCCCCGAUUUCGCGAAAUUUCUUGGGUACACAGCUACAGCGCUUCCUUCCUCGCCCCCGCCCCAGACGACGCGCAGGCGACGUCGCAGGCAGCUGACGCAGGGGGAGGCUGAGCAGACGACAGACAUACGCCACCAGCGUCAGGCGAAAAUAGCGCGUCUGGAACGGGCGCUGGUGAACGAUCUCGCUGCGAGGCGUCCCCGGGCCAGCGCGCCGACGCCAUCGCGGGCAACGCGGGCAACUCUCUCUGCCUCUCAGGCAACUCUCUAUGCCAUCGCAGGCAACUCCCUGCCGACGCAGCAGGGAGACUCCCGGUAUGGCAUCUCAGUCGCCUUCCUCUCCGGCCCCCGGCGCCGCUGCUUUGGGACGGCUCUACGCUCUUGUGCGGCUGGGACUCAAUGGACCGCUGAAUGGAUUACUGGGCCCAGCAAUGGAUGGCGCUUCUUCGUUCUCAGCGUACUUGGCCCGACUUCUGCCCUGAAACUCGCGCGUUAACGAGUGCAACUCCU